AUGGGAAACCCGAAGGUGAAAAAGACCCCUUGGAAGAGCUCUGCUGUGUCCAGCAGUUCGACUCCUCUUGCGUCAAGCGGUCCGAAGACGUCUGCUAUUAUUACCCACGGCUCUGUCUUGUUUACUGACCUCCCCACGGAUAUGGCAAGUAUCUACACCCGUAUUAUCCGACGCUUUUUCCCCGCUGCGGAGCAGCAAAAGAUCUCCGAUGCAACAAUCCUCGAGGAGGCGGAUAACGCCACGCUGACAGUGGAGGUGCCGGAUAAGGCUACCGCGCAGAUGCUCCACAAACGCCUUCAGAACGCGAAGGUUUGCGGGCGGCGUUGGAAGGUUCAGUACGUGCCCCUUUCGCAGACGCGAACCAAAAGCGAAGCGUGCGUUGUGGAGUGCAUCCUCGUACCCCCCGCCCCGCGGGCGGUGGCGGAGCGCGCGCUAUCCAACAUGAAGGGGUUCUUGGAUUUCGUGGAGCCCCCAAAGCGGCUGGAGGGUGUACGGGGUAGCGCGGAGAAGGUUUCCCAGACGGACGCGCGAAAGCCACGCGGUCGCGGCUUGAAAGGUGAGCACGUCGAGGACGAGGAGGGCGAGGAGGGUGGCCCUAUGACGGGUGCGGAGGGGGAGUCUUUUUCUGCUGCGGACUCGCCAAGGAGUGUUUGGUGGGCGACGUUCGCCGAUGAGGGCAGUGCGCUCCACGCGCGGUCUGUGUUGUCGGGGCGGUUAGUCGGCAGUUCCGGCACUCGCUUGUUUUUGGAGCGCCAUCGCUGAAGGGUCCGCACGCGUUGACGCACGACUCUUCUGCUUCUGGGGGAAUAAAAGGCGAGAAAUAUGUAAUGGUAUAUUAAAUAACGGUUAAAAAGUUAAGCGUGCAUGCACCCAUAUCCGGAGGGAAAGAGGGGAGUGCUAACAUGACCACUCAGAGGUGAAUACCGGUCGCUGAGUAGUUUGAGCUUCCAGAUCA